CAGAGGAAGGGAAACAGCUUGGUGGACUUUGGGAACUGUAUAAGAGCCCCCACCCACAGCCCCCUGGCGGGUUGUAGGAAAAGGUAACUAGCAGCUUGGUGUAUUGGGCGGGGCCGGGCAGCGCCUAUCCAAGGAACCAGGAAGAAGUGACAGGAACUUCCACCAUUCCCUGUUGGACUCAGGAGCCGCGCGGUCCGGAACUGCACGAGGAAGACCCGGCCGGGUCCUCGGGACCUGAAACCUCCCGGAGCCGCAGUCUCCGCGCGGGCGGCCUGGGAAAGUCACAGUCACAGCGCAGUGGCGGGAACCGCAGCCCGGCGGCCCUGGAACCUCCCAGAAAACUCAGAGAAAAGCAAUAAGAAGAAUGAAUUCUCGGAUGAAUGCUCCCCAGGGUCUGUUAUCAUUCAGGAAUGUGGAUGUGGACUUCUCAAAGGAGGAAUGGGAAUAUCUAGACUGUGCUCAGAGGACAUGGUAACAUGGAUGUGAUGUUAGAGAAUUACAACAAUCUAGUCUUUGUGGCAUGAUUUGAAUCCUAGCACUUUGGAUGCUGAUGCUAGAGUAUAUGGUGAGUUUCAUGCCAUCCUGGGGUAUAUGAUGGGUUCCCAACUGACCAAAGAUGCACAGUGUGACUCUGUCUCGAAAACAAACAAGAAAAUAGAAAAAGAUUCUUCAAAUCAUCCUUCAGAGACCUUUUUUCUCAGAGUUCUUUGCUGCUCGCUCACCUAUUUGCCCUACCUUCUGCAAGGUAUGGUGUUUAUAUAAGCAUGAGAAGGCUGUUGGUCACUGUGCUUUGAUAUAGAUCAGACUGGAUGCUCCUAUGAACCUCCAUUUAAUGAUUUUGAAACAAUAAAGAUCAUUGCAGAGAUCUCUCUGUCCUUGAGAAUUGCUUGUUUACAUGUCUAGGAAAACAUCAGUUAUUGAAUUGCUUAUGCAUGAAUCCCUAUGAUCCAUAAUUGCACUAAUUUUCCAGAGUACCACCGUAUAUGUGAUAAAUAUGGGAAGGUCUUGGAUCAAGGCACAAAACAUAUUGUCCAUGAGCAUGUGAAUAUCCAAAAGAAGGCUUACAAAUGUAAUGGUCUGGGCAAAAUGAUUCAUGAACUCUCCCUGUGUGCACCAUAUGACACAAGUGAUACUACAGAAAAUUGCAACAAAUAUAGAUCUGCUACCCACAGUCAUGCCUCUGUUGAAUCAUCAAACAUAAACAGACAUAAAAGUUGGAAGACUGGAGAAGAACACUGCAAAUAUAAAGACUGUAUGAACUGUUUAAAUUUCUGUUCCAUGGUUAUUGAAAAUCAAAGAAUCCAUACAGAAAAUAAAGAACACAAAAAUACAAAGUAUGAUAAAGUAUUUGAUGCUAAACAAACAGGAGAGAAACCUUACAAAUGUAGUGAAUGUGACAAAUGCUUUAUCCAUGGUGCAAAUCUUAGAAGACAUCAGGUAGUUCAUACAGGAGUUAAGCCUUAUACAUGUAGUCAAUGUGACAAAUCCUUUACCCAAAAAUACAGUCUUAGAACUCAUCAGAGAGUACAUACAGGAGAGAAACCUUACAAAUGUAGUGAAUGUGAGAAACCUUUUUCCAAGAAAGACCAUCCUAGAAUUCAUCAGAGAACCCAUACAGGAGAGAAACCUUACAAGUGUAGGGAAUGUGAUAAAUCCUUUAUCAUGAAAGUCUUUCUUAGAAUACAUCAGAGAAUUCAUACAGGAGAGAAACCUUACAAGUGUAGUGAAUGUGACAAAUACUAUACCCAGAAUUGCAGUCUUAGAACUCAUGGAAGAAUUCAUUCAGGAGAGAAGCCUUACAAAUGUACUGAAUGUGACAAAUCCUUUACCUAGAAUUGCAGUCUCAGAACCCAUCAGAGAAUUCAUUCAGGAGAGAAGCCUUACAAAUGUACUGAAUGUGACAGCCCAGCCUGAUGGUGUCAGGAAAUUGCUGUAUAUCAAUCUGUCAAAGAUCAAUUCAGUCCCCUACAACUCUCCUGUCCAACACUCUUUCACUAGGGCUUACCAUCUAUGCUGGUUUUCCCUAUGACCAAAAGAAAGAUUAUGGUAAAAUGUGGCCAGAAACUCAAAGAGCUACCCAUAUUGGUCCUGAAAAUACCAUGGGACAAAUCUGGACUGCCCUAAUGGCAUAUCAGCUUCUGAAUGACACUCUGCCUAGCUGCUUUGAGGCCUGCUGGCUGUGUGUCUCUCCCAGGUCAAACUCAUGACCACCAUUUGUAGCCUCAGCCAUUGGACUACUAUACUUUCCUACCUUGUGACAGAAUUCCCACUAAGUUACAUCUGGCUUGGCUCCAGAGUGCUAGCACCUAGCCUUUAUUCACCUUCUGUUACCCUCCAUGUGAAUCUUGUCUGAGAGUUUCCCUAGGGUACAAUACUUAUGUAAAACUCCAUCCUCUGUAGCAAUCACAUUUACUGCUGAGCACCUGCUGGGUGGUCUGGGACAUGUACACUGAUAUUACUCUUUCCAAAAUUAGUAGUGGUACUGGGUGAAGAAUGCGUGCCGAUUCCCAUUACAUGCUUUACAGAUGCAUGGCAUGACAAAUGAGUAGUUCACAUCCUACCAUUUCUCACAGUCCUGGGAAUAACCACUGACAUUGCAACUGGAGUUCCAGGACUAUAUCCCUAGCUGUUUAACAUCAGUUUUCAUCUAAGUUUAUCUAGGAACUCCAAUAGGUGGCUCAGACCAUCUUUACCCUCCAAGGCAAAAUUGACUCACUAGUCACCAUAGUGGUAAAAAAUAGGCUAGGACUAGAUUUACCAGCAGUAGAGACAGGUCAUCCUCAUCUCUUUCUUAGGGAGGAAUGGAGUUUCUGUGACAACCAGUCAGGUAUAGCAAAAGAUAGGAUCUGACAACUCCAGACUGCUCUCCAAAAAUGUAAGAAACAGCUUGAUGCCUCUGGCCAGUGAGUCACUGACAGUGCAAUAUGGAAUUGGAUAUUAUACUUCUUACCCCCUUUUUCUCUUUUUCUUAAUCUUACUAAUCACACCCUGCCUUAUAAACUUCUUGUCUAGACUUCAACAACAGAUCUGAAAAAAAUCUCUAAACAGAAUUUUAAUAAGUCGCUAUUACAGGACUACCAGCCUCUAGCUAUGAAGCCAGAGGUUUAUCCCCUGAUCUUGAUGGCCAAGAUGUUACUAAGAGGACUUCAAUGCACCCAUUAAGCAUGAAGUAGUUUAAUGAUAUUGUCCUCAACAUUUCCUGCUCCAUGAUUCUUUUUCAAUAAUAAACAUGAGGUGGAAAGUAAGCUCCUUGAAGCAUGCUAUAGGCCAGGCCUAACCACUGAGGAAUUCCAAACACCAGAGUCCACACAUACAACACUCUAAUUGGCAAACACAGUGCCUACAGAUACAGGCAACCAAGCUCUGCCCUAUAGGAUAAAAAGCCCAAGCUCUGGACUUGAAAACCUACCAAUCCCUUCCCCAGAAAACUCUGUGCCCAAGAAAUGCUUUAUAAACCCUGUCUUCAGCUCAGUUCUGUGAUGCUUUUUGCUUGAGGAGAGGCAGACACACAU